AUGGCUGCCCAGCACGGUAGUGUUUGGGAGAUACCGACAGAAGAUGGAAGGGUAGUUGUAAGGAAAUUAGAAACGGUCAACGACGAGGAGGUGCGAAAUGAGCGGACAGGACAACUCGGACGUCGACUGGAUCUGAGCUUGUUGCACGUGAACGUGCGUCUCUUGCUCAACGUCCUACGGGAUGCUCUCACCUGCCAAUCGGUCACCGUUUUGGAUCUCAACGACUGCGGUCUUAACACUCUUCCUCGUUUGAUCAGAAACAUGAAAAGUCUUGUCUGGCUCCGCCUACACUCCAACAACCUCAGAACCCUACCGGACACCAUCAGUGAUUUAAACUUUUUGGAGAGACUCUCAGUGUAUGGUAACCAGUUGGAGUCUCUUCCUCGCUCUUUGUACAAGCUGGAGCAGUUGAAGAUUUUGCGUCUGGGUGGAAACAGACUGCAAGAUGAAGACUUGGAAGUGAUUCAUGAGAUGGCUGGAAUUGAGGAGCUUUAUCUGAGACAGAAUUAUGAGCUUACAAUCAUACCUCGGGAGGUGUGUCUUAUGGAGGAUCUUGCAGAGCUUAAUGCAGACGACUGUGAUGAUCUGGUAGAGCCUCCUUGGCGUGUCAUUACGAGAGGAAUUGAUAGUAUAAGGAGGUAUGCUGAGACUCAUGAGUGGUGAAGUAGCAGGAAGCUACUUGACAGCAGGCUUAAACUUUUUUAUGCCUUUCUGUAAGGCACUAGCUAGCUGAGGUGAUUGAGUGUGCUAGUGUCAGCUAAUGAAGUACAUAGUACAUAGGUUGAGAGACAUUCUCAGAUUGGGACGCUCUAACAUUUAUGAGACUGCUGUGUUAGGUAUAGGUAGUGAACACGGUUAGGGUCGUGUAAGGAUCUAUAUUAUACCUCUUUAUUUAGUAAUUGAAAAUUGAA